CAAUAUUAUCAACAUCGUGCCCAUCGUGGCCCUUUUAAAUUUUAAUAGUAUUUUAAGCAUGAUACAGUAAUAUUACUCUAUGAUCUCAAGGCCCAAACCUGUCCCAGACCCUCAGAGUGCAGGCCAUAGAGUCUAUAUUAUAUACUCUAUAGUACACAAAUAUUUUGUAUGUUAAAAUGACUGCAGACUACAUCAUCUGUAGCUUGCAAUCAACAUAAAAUAUUUCUUUAAUUAUAACCCAUACUUCUUUGGUUUUAUGAAAACUAGAAAAAAUGAAUAAGCACUGCGCUUCAUCCCAACACAGUUCAGAAAAUAAAUUUAUCAAUACUAAAAAAAGGCCUCUACAACCUGAUGAAUAUUCCAAACCUAAAAAAUUUAAAUCAAAAGAAAUUUAUAAUGUACCAGAUGUUGAUAUUGUUGCAUUAUUUAAAUUUGAGUUGCAAAGAAUUUUUGUUAAUUCUAAUAUUUUACAUACCACUAUAACAGAUAUCCUACCUUAUGGCUCAAGGAUUUCAGGUCUUAACAUUUCUAAUAGCGAUGUUGACUUUAAUAUAAACUAUGUUUCAAAAAUCCCAGUCAAAACAGUGAUAAAAUCAUUUGCUAAUAAAAUUCGUCAAAGUCAGGUAUUUAUCAAGGUGUUUGCAUUAAUCCAUGCUAAAAUACCUAUCAUAAAAUGUACUCAUAAAAAUACUGGUAUUGAUUGUGAUAUAUCAUUCAAUAAUGUCAGUUCAGUUCACAACUCUCAUCUUCUCAAUCACAUUUUAAGUAUGGACAAUCGUAUUAAACCAGUCUUAAUGAAGUUAAAAAUAUGGGCUAAAAAUAUUGGGCUUAUAAAUACUAACGGUUUUUCUAGUUACUCUUUCUAUUGGCUAGGAAUAUUUAUUAUGCAAGUUAUGGGAAUAUUGCCAGCCAUUCGUGAUUUACAAAAAUCUGUUCCAGAAGUUUUAGUUAAUCAAUGGAAUUGUGCAUUUUCCAAAAAUCCACAAGAAUAUAUUAUUAAAAAACAAGAAAGUCUAAGUGAGAGUGACAUAUUAAAUGUUUUCUAUAAAUAUUAUUCAAAUUUUGAUUUUGAUAAAUUUGUGAUAAGUCCAUAUAUUGGUUGUCCAUUACUCAAAAAAGAUUUUGAAAAUGUGGAACAACUUCCAGGUGAACUAUGGAGGUAUAAACAAUUUUAUGAAGAAAAUAAGGAAUGCCAGAAGUUGUUAUUUUUGGGUACUUGUCAAUUUAAAAUGUACACUCAAGAUCCAUUUCAACAUAAUGUUAAUAUUACAGCAAGAGUGACUCCAAAAAUAUUUGAAAAUUUUAUAAAUGCUUGUAAAAAACUAAAAUCUUAAGAGAAAAUAAAAAAAAACUUAGGUUUAAGUUGUAACUUUAGAUUAAUAAAAUAAUCAUACUACAUUCAUAUUGUUUUAUUAUAAGCAUUUCAUAUUACCUGAAAUAAUUGUCCCUAUGUUAAAUAAAUAUUGUUUAAUACAUUAA